AAACGGCGCGUCUCUCUUACAACUAGUGCUCUUCUGUUUACUUCACUUGAAAUGAUGAUGUGAGACCGAAACCGCUAGCUAGCUAGCCUAGCUAAAGUAAGGAAGACCUGAAAAGAGAUGGGGAUAAAAACGCGUGGUAUUGGGGGACAUAGUGAUGGGUCUCCUUUUACGUUUCAUCUCUGUUCUCACUUGUUUGCUGUAAAACAGCCGUUAAAUUCUCACAACGGCGUUAGCCUGUUAGCAUGCUAGACUAGCUUCAGGGGGUUUGUGUUUCGGUGUGGUUUGAUAUGGCAGAUUGGAAACUCCUCAACACUCGCCACCGCUGGGAUUCUUUUCUAAUUUACCUCUUCUUAAUAAUACUCAGCCGUUGUUAAAAAAGACCGGGCUCGUAGGUUAGUAAACUAGCCAUCACGUCCGCCGCUGAAGCCUUAGCUAACGCUGCUGCUAGCGAAACCGUCUGGCCUGGAAUGGAGCCAGGCGAUUUGCGGGAGAGCCCCGCCGGGUCCGGGGAGUCAGAUACUGGGGACUGGAGGGAGGUGAUUCCUGGUGGGGAUGAGGAGGUCAAAGCUGAAACCAAUGGAACAACACUAGAGACGGGGAACAGGGAAACCAGCGGGGAAGGAGAAAGUGAAAAACAAAAAAACAUGGGAGAGCAAUUGCACAGUCCCUACGAGGAGGAACUGGACCCCCGGAUCCAGGAAGAGUUGGAGCACCUCAAUGAAGCCAGUGCAGAAAUCAACAGACUAGAACUGCAGCUGGAUGAUGCCAGAUCAGGGUACCGGAAGAUCCUUACAGAGUCUGCCAGGAAGCUGAAUGCUCAGAGCUCUCAGCUUGGCAGCUGCAUAGAGAAAGCAAGACCGUACUAUGAAGCUCGUCGCCUUGCAAAAGAGGCACAGCAGGAGACCCAGAAGGCAGCCUUGAGCUACGAGAGAGCGGUUUCUAUGCACACAGCUGCCAGGGAGAUGGUCUACGUGGCAGAGCAGGGCCUGAUGGCUGAUGGCAAGAACACCCUGGAUCCCACCUGGCAGGAGAUGCUCAACCAUGCAACCUCUAAGGUGAACGAAGCAGAGGAGGAGCGGCUCCGCAGUGAGAGGGAGCACAUGCGCGUCACACACGCCUGUCAGGAAGCUGAGGCUCGUGUUCAGAUGCUGCAAAAGUCUCUCAAAAGAGUCAUCCUGAAGUCCAAGCCUUACUUUGAGCUCAAGGCCCAGUUCAACCACAUACUGGAGGAGCACAAGACCAAAGUGCUGCAGCUAGAGCAGCACGUAGCCAAAGUGAAGACCCGCUACUCCAUCGCCCUGCGAAACCUGGAGCAAAUCAGCGAGCAGAUUCAUGCUCAGAGGGGGAGGGACCAGGCCGAGGGAGGGCGCCCCACUGUGUGCGCUGGGCGUAGUCCCCCCGUUGGAGCCGAGUCCGACGUCAAAGUUCAGGAAGAAGGUGGGGCCUGCGGCGGCGGUGCCACUGGGAAAGAUCGGGUGGAUGCAGCCAUUGACCUGGUAGAGAAAUACAAGGAGAAGGAGAAUGAAAAGGAGAGGGAGCGGGCUGGGUCGGAUUCCCUCUCGGUCUUCAGCCUGCAGACCAUCGCUUCUGACUUGGAGAAAUAUGACUCCAUCGAGCACCUCGGGGACCUCAGCGAUGUAGGGAGCGUAACGGGGGAUGAGGUGGAGAAAGAGAGAGGCGGAGUGAUAGACAGAAGAGACAAGCUGACGGAAACCACGGCCAAAGAGCGCCAGCAGCAGUUCUAUAAGCAGCACCACCGAAGCUUCAGCUUGUGAGGCUGCCACUCAGAUAACUGCUCCAAACACUGCAAAAGUAAAACGUGAGUUAAAAAAAAAAAAUACAAAUGAGGGUGAACAUCCCUCACACAUAGUUACCCACCAAAGUAUAAGACAGUGAAUUAAAGUGUAAAACUGGAGUGAUGCAGUUGUAGGUGUAUGAUACUUGGUGUAAAUAAGCACACUUAUGUUGACUGACAACACAUUAUUCUAAAGCUGACACUGAUCACAGGAAACAUUGCAGCCUAGAUAGAACACUACUGGACUCUACAGAGGUUACAUCCCUCCAGGAUAUGUAUAUUGUAUAUUCACUCCCUCUGAGGAACUCUGGGUAGAAUUUGUUCCUUGAGCAUGAAGGAACUGCGAAGAAUGAUCAAAAGUUUGAGCAGCGACACCGGAAAAAACAAAACCCUCCCUUCCAGUCGUGUCGAAUCUUAUCAGCGACUGCUUCAAGGUAGAGAGGUCACUGGGUCUCUCUCUGCACACUCUGAGAUCCCCGCUCUCAUCCACCCUCGACGAGUUAGUUAGCAGGGAAAAAUGACAAAAACGAUUCUGUCAGUGCAGAGUGAAAGCAUGUUUGGAUUCACAUUUCAUCUAUUUAUUUCCUGUAACAUGCUGCAAGUAGCGCUUGUCUUAUUUUUUGGCACGAGAGAAUGCGUUUUUUGAAAAUUCCUGAAAUGAUGAGCAGAGAGGACGAAGUGGAGUCUGAAGGUCAUAGAGACUCCGUUUGACUGUUUCCACUCCGACAGCAUGCACUCCUGGUUAGCUAUGUAGACAGACAUUUAUGACAUGUAUUCAGGGCUAUAUGCUGAAACAAAAACUGACACAGUUAAAGCUAAUGAUGAUGAAGCUCAGCCAUGUUUUCUUUUUGUUUCUUUAUGUCAUAUGCUGUAGUAUUCUGCUGCAAAAGCCUUUCCCAAAUUUGUAUCAUUUGGAUAUUGUUUACAUUUGAAUAUGUAGAUUUCUUUGGGAGAAAAAUAAUUUCCUCUUGUGUUUGCCUUUUUAAAAAAAAAACUGUGCCCUUGUUGUAAUUUGAAGUUGUGCCUUGACACAGAACCAGUAACCAAUUUAGCAUGAGCGGUACUUUGUUGUAAACUCAUCUGUAGUUCUGUUUAGAAUCAUUUAAAGAGCAAGUGUGUGCCCUGUACUGAUUUUUAAAAAAGACUUUUAAUAAUCCGACUCACCCAAGCACCGUUUCCGAUGAGACUUGAAGAGCUAUUAAUAUUUGGUUUUGAUUUCCGUAUUUUCUUCUUUUAUGAUAUUGUACUUUGAUUGUCAAAGGGUAUGAUGCAGAACAAUGAAAGUCGAGAAAUGACUUGUAAAUGUAUGUAAUUAUUACAAAGCUGGAAGAUAUUGACAUGUACAGUUACAAUUGUGUUGCUGAUUUGAAUAUUUGACAAUUUUGUUGUACAGAUGUUCUGGAUACCCACAUGUGUACCUUGUGUGCUUAAGUCAUUAUCGUCGCAGUUUAUCUGAAACACCUCUCACCCUCACCUGUGUCUUAACAACUGAUCUUCGUCCUUUUUAAUGGCAUUUGUGAAUUAGUCAGAAUGUCCCUCACUGUUUCCAAUUUAUGCAUUGUCAUACCUAUAAUCAAUAAAACAGAUCAUACUU